AUGGGCGUGGUGAGCGUGACCUCAAGCAGCCAGCCCGUCACCUGCAACGUGGCCCACCCAGCCACCAACACCAAAGUGGACAAGACCGUUGCGCCCUCGACAUGCAGCAAGCCCAUGUGCCCACCCCCUGAACUCCUGGGGGGACCGUCUGUCUUCAUCUUCCCCCCAAAACCCAAGGACACCCUCAUGAUCUCACGCACCCCCGAGGUCACAUGCGUGGUGGUGGACGUGAGCCAGGAUGACCCCGAGGUGCAGUUCACAUGGUACAUAAACAACGAGCAGGUGCGCACCGCCCGGCCGCCGCUACGGGAGCAGCAGUUCAACAGCACGAUCCGCGUGGUCAGCACCCUCCCCAUCGCGCACCAGGACUGGCUGAGGGGCAAGGAGUUCAAGUGCAAAGUCCACAACAAGGCACUCCCGGCCCCCAUCGAGAAAACCAUCUCCAAAGCCAGAGGGCAGCCCCUGGAGCCGAAGGUCUACACCAUGGGCCCUCCCCGGGAGGAGCUGAGCAGCAGGUCGGUCAGCCUGACCUGCAUGAUCAACGGCUUCUACCCUUCCGACAUCUCGGUGGAGUGGGAGAAGAACGGGAAGGCAGAGGACAACUACAAGACCACGCCGACCGUGCUGGACAGCGACGGCUCCUACUUCCUCUACAGCAAGCUCUCAGUGCCCACGAGUGAGUGGCAGCGGGGCGACGUCUUCACCUGCUCCGUGAUGCACGAGGCCUUGCACAACCACUACACGCAGAAGUCCAUCUCCCGCUCUCCGGGUAAAUGA